AUGUCGCUCAAAGCCAUCAUGGAGACCGUUCUAGUCGUCGGAGCAACUGGAAAUAUCGGCGUAUCAGCCGUCACAGCUGCCUUGCGCUCCAAGCGCAACGUCUUGGCCAUUGUCCGCAACAAAAAUUCAGCGGACAAACUUGUUAAGUAUACUGGGUCGUCGAAGGGAAUCACUUUCGCCGAAGCCGAUGUUCUCUCGGACUCGGGCGUAAAGUGUGUUGUUGAUCAAGUUCGAGCCGGCAAUCCCGGCUUUCCAGCAUGUGUAUUCCAGCGGAUAUCACCACCACCCAACUACGCAACAACUUUAACAUCUCCUUCGAAGCCAACUUCUGUAAGCUCUUCCAAUCUUGAGGACCCAACACCUUCUGACAUAAGUUUCGCAGUCGCUUACCGGGAUACCAUCGGCUAUCUGCUAGAACAGAAGAACCCGGCCAGCACGUGGACGAUUUGUACCGGGUCGCAGGGCGACUUGGCAACCCACCCGGUGCCGGCUAUGACGCAAGGCGCCUUGUUCCCCUUGACCACCGCCGCCGCCCGUGAGAACGAGUCUACAAACGUUCGUUUCAACGAAAUCUACCUUGGGUACCGAGUCGAGGUGGAUGAAAUCGCCGUGCAGCAUGGGACGAAGUCAUCGGACUUUGGGAACGUGUACGAGUUGAUCCUGGCCAAUUCCGAAGUCCGCAGUUCGCGCGUUCGGGUCGAUAAUCUUGAUGAUCUCAAGAAGUUGAAGUACCAGAAGAAGUUCUAG